AUGGCCCAAAUGGCUCAGAGUUCAGGGCAAAGACCAACCAAACGGCAGAUUUUAGGAGCCAUAAAAAAAUUAAUAAAUCUUUUCAAAAAUCUCAGUGCUGAUGAAGUUUUGGUAGCCAAAGAGAAAGGGAAAAGUCUGGCAACAGAAUAUUUAACUAAUGCUGUUCUUGAUGAGGAAUUAUUAGCCGAAAUGAUAAAACUAACGGCAGAAGGGUCUGAAAUUCUUCUUAAAAAUUUUAGUCCUGAAGAGUUGGAGAGUUUUGUCGAUAUAAGUCCUUCAACGUUAGCCAAAAAUGGGGAAAAAAUUAAUCAAGCGCUCCAAAGAAAAUUCGAUAACAGUAAUAUCUCGAGUGCUGAGGAGCAGUCAAUAAUUAAAAAGUUAUCUAAUCCUCGCCAAUUGAGCGGCACAGGUAAUUCAAGUGAAAAUACUGGGACUGGACUUACCUUCUUGUCUCCUGCCAAUGCAUUUGGUUCAAUAAAAGUUGGUCCUGACUCCCUCUCAGAAGAACAAUUCUGA